CGUUCUCUGAGGGAAACGGCUUGUAAGGCGCGUCCUUGAUUCGUAUACAGGCCAGGAACAAGGUUGCGGUACUUACAUUUCGACCACGCACUACGCCUUGACUGCUCUUUGUUACUAUCCACGUCCUGCGGUCGUGAUCAACAGCUUCAAGGGGCCACCGCACAAGACCCGAGGGACUGCGCUGCGCUUUUGUCUAUCAGCGGUCGCUGUAGGGGCCGAGCUGCAUUCCAGGCUGUCAAAAGUCAACUCGCAUCGACUUGGAUGCCCCGCACGCGUCUUCACGGUGGGUGGUUCACGCCUAGCGCCACUACCGCCCACACUGAGUGCGCGCAUAUACACCGGCUCGGCGUGUUCAGAUGGGCGUAGCAGACUCGUUCCCAGCAGCACUGUAUGCCCCCUUCCUCCCAUCGGCAUCCCCAAUGUCAUCAAGCGUCACGCAAGUAACACAAGCAGACAUCACUGCCCUCAAGCUAACAUUCACCAACACGGCGUGCCAGUUGGCAGCGGCCACCAUGAUAUUUCACGAACACACGGUGACAAUUGCUCAGGAAAUACGAUAUGUGUGGGGGACGCGACUGACCGGAGCGACGAUCAUCUUUCUACUGAACCGAUAUAUGGUCUUGAUACUCGGCAUCACUAUCGUCUUACAGACUGUUGCUUGGGAUACCCCUCUAAGUUGCGAAGCGACCAUCAUGCUGUAUGAUGUAGUCUCUAUCCUACUGUAUAUCAUAAUCGCAGUAUUUUCUGCUCUCCGAGCCUUUGCCAUUGGCGGACGCAGAUGGUCCAUUGCUUCUGUCAUUCUAGGCCUCGGGCUUGCGAUAGCAAUAGCAAGCAUAUACUUCGCCGCGAAGUCAUCAAAUGCUUAUGUUCUUAUUAUCGACGACAUGCCUGUCUGCAAUUACACAGACUACUACUCGGUACAGUCAUAUGACGAGUCACUCAUUGCCACGCGGCUGUGCGCCAUCCUCGCGGAUGCCCUCCUGAUUGGCCUUACGCUGUAUACCACUCUAAGAACACGGCGGGUGAUCAACCCUAGGACAAGGACACCCCUCACAACGCAAUUGGCACGGGACGGGUCGUUAUAUUUCGUUUCGUUGUUGUUCCUCAACGUCCUGCAGAUGGCGUUGAAGUCGGUGAAUGGAGCCAUUACAAACUUUGUUUCAGUUUUUGUCGCCCCCAUCUCAUCCAUCCUCAUCUCGCGGUUUAUGCUCAACCUCCGACACGUCUUCUACCUGCAAUCUAAGGGGUGGAGCACGAGUAUGAUCGGCAAUAUGGGCGAACUACUUGACCACCACUGGUACUCGGGCACCUCGACUGACUUCAGGGCAGCGUCCAACUCGUUGCUUUCAUCUACACUGUCAGGGAGCGAAACGCUCAGCCUUGAUAUACCCAUUGCGGAUAGAAUAUCGGACGAUAUCGAGCUACACGUUGUACGAUGACCGAAACGCCACACUAGAAACUCUGCCAGUAGAUUGGGGCGUGGUUUUGUAACAAUACGUGUUCGGGAUUUGGUCAUAGUAUCUGCGUUGUCUUGACUGUCAGUUUGAACGUGAGGUGAUACACUUUCGCAUGAUAUGCUCGGGAUACGCCCUUGUUCGCAGUCAUUUUGGUUAUCGUCAAAUUCGGGGAAGCAAGCGUCUCCGGCCAGUAAAUCGACGAACGUGAACGAUCGGAACCAAAGUCGUCAUCUAUCUCCUGUUCUGAGAGGGAAGCGGCAGUAGUGGUUGCUUGUCAAGAACGUGCGUGGCUAACACACCCCGGGUCGGUCUGGAUUAGGCAGGAGCGUGGGCUGUGGCUGCCACUGUCCGCGUUUAGCGCGUCGCGCCAGCUC